AUGGAUACAUGUUUCUUGAAGAAUGGUCAUCCAUCUGGAUUUAAGAAAAAAGGGAAAAGUCAGAAUCUUCCACAAAGUUCUUCACAAUAUAAGGCUAACAAUGUUUUCUACAAUGCUCAUGCUCCUACAGAAGACUCGCCUUGCUCCUCAUUUGGUUUUACUCAAGAAGAGAUUCAAAGUAUUUAUGUCUUGCUCCAACAAUCCAAACCUAAUCCUACUGUAAACUCCAUCACCACCUCUCCUCUUGCCAUGAACUCUCAUUCUUCCUCAAGCACGGGUAAUAGACCUAACAUUUGGAUAUUAGACACAGGUGUAACCAAACAUAUUACUUUUACUCUUGAUUCUUUUACCUCGUUCUUGUUUCUAUAG